AUGGUAGAGAGCACUUAUGCGAGCGACUCGCCAAGAUCACGCUCGCCCAUGACGGAACCGUCGAGUCCGCUUCACGAUGGUCCCGGUAUAUCCGGUUACGGGCACAGCUAUCUGUACAGCUACUCGCCGGACGGACAGAAUCACGUAUCGACGACGAGGCGCGGCAACGGGGAGACGAUCGCAACGACGGACACGAACUGCGACCGGACGUACGCCCGAAGUCCGAUCAUCGGCACGGCGGACGAGACGCAGCCGCCGCGGACGCAGCGAAAUCGGGAACCGGUCACGUCGCGACCGACCGGCGGCGGCGGCGGCGGCGGCGGCGGCGGCUCGUCCGCCUCGAUGUCGUCCCCGACGUCUCUCUUCACCAUCGACAGCAUUCUGGCGCCUCGUCCGAUCGGCAACGUCAUCAGCCCGACGAGCACGACCACCGUCGCCGCGUCCGCGAUUCAGACACCGGAAACGAUCGAAUCGAUCGCCGGACGCACCGCGUCGGCGAUUCAUCCGCUUCAACAGCAGCUGCAUCACUUGGCCUUCACCUCGGCGGAUUUUCUCGCCGCGGCCUAUCCCGGACUUUAUCCCGGAGGAUACGUGGCGGCGAUGGCCGCCGCCGGUGUUUCCCUUCACGGACAACCGACCUUCUAUCACGCCGGUCAUCCUUAUCAAAUAAAUCCAAACAAUCCGGGAAUAGGACCGAUGGCGAAGAGAAAACGUCGUCACCGAACGAUAUUCACGGAGGAGCAAUUGGAGCAGCUCGAGGCCACCUUCGACAAGACGCAUUAUCCCGACGUACUUCUGCGAGAACAGCUGGCCCUUCAGGUCGAUCUCAAGGAGGAAAGGAUCGAGGUGUGGUUCAAGAAUCGUCGCGCCAAGUGGCGGAAGCAGAAGCGGGAAGAACAGGAUCGUCUGCGGAAGCUGCAGCUGGAGCAGCGUCAGCGCAACGAGGACGGGGGCGCCGCGGCUACGGUGAUGGUCGGCGAUGGUCGUUUGAGCCUGAGCAGACAGCAGCAGCAGAAGAUCGAGCAGGACACGGACAGCUCCGAUCUCGAAGUGGCGUAG